AUAAUCUUUAGAUUUAUGGGUUUCAAUUAUGGACCCUAGAAACGUGACAGAGAGCAAAAAAUUAGGACAAGUGACACAGUUUCUGCCUGAGAUCUACAAACUGCUUGAGCUUCUAAACACAACAAGUGAUAUUGGAACCGUUAAUAAAACUGUGGAUAACAUAGAAAAUCAGUUUAAAGAAGCACGUGAAGUUGUAUCUCAACUAUCCUCUGAAACAACUGAACAGCUCAAGGAAAAACUAGCAGCUUACAAAAGUGCUAACCAUCAACAGAAAGUUUUGUUAAAAGAGUACCGACAUUUGCCUGUAUUUACUGAACAAAGCUGAGCGAGAUGCUUACCACUACAGAUAACGAUAAUGAGUAUUCAAGCAAUAAGGAAACAGACAGUCUGUUUCUAGUGGGCCAGGAUAUCACUGAGUUUAACAUAGCUCCAAACAAUGCUCAAUACAUAAAACAUCUCGACCUUAGUUACAAUCUGUUGGAGAAGGUAGAAGGGCUACAAAGGUUUGUGGGACUACGCGAACUUAUCCUGGACAACAACAUGUUGUCUAACAUACAGAUCCCACUGCUACCCUUUCUACACACGCUCUCACUUAACAAGAACAGGGUUUACGAUCUGGAUAACUUACUGGAUACACUCAGUAAACACACCCCUCUAUUAGAAUUCCUCAGCUUGUUGGGUAACCCGGCUUGUCCCAAUGAGCUAAUGCACGGUGACGAGGAGGAUUAUCAGAACUACCGCUACUCUGUCAUUAACCGCCUCAAACACCUCAAGUUUCUAGAUUCCAGACCUGUAGUAGCAGCAGAGCGCUAUGACGCACAGAACAGAGUUAAGAUAGUACAAGUUGUAAAGGCUCUGCAAGAGGACCUGUGUCCUGAUGACUCUCUAGAUCUGACUAGAUCACUAGAUCUGAGGACAGCAGAGACAACCCCCCUAGACAGGAGCCAGGACAUGGUACAGCGUGCUGGGUUCGGGAAACGUAGUUACAAGUACAAGGGGAAGAAUAGUGAGGGGAAUAAGUUCAUUUCAAAUGACGAUCUGUAAAUUGGGCGAUGUGAGGCGUGGUAUUUGGGGAACUUGAGAAUAGGGUAGUAUUUGGGUAUUAUCAUCAGAUAGUGGAGGAGUUUUUAUUAAAUUUGAUCUUGUGUGAAUAAUGCUGAUUUGGAUGAUUUUCUUGCUUACUUAACUAACAAUCUAAUAUUGCGAAGAAGUCGUUUACUUUUGGUCUAUUCCUUAUUAUUAUAAAAUCAUGUUGGCCCAGAAAACGAUGAUAUGUUUCAUAUGUUUUACAUUUAUUUGUAUUUUAAUCAUCGUUAUUGUUAUAUUUGUUAAUGCAACUUGUUUUUAUCAUUAUUAAUCAUUUUAAAUCAUGUGCUGUACCGCUUAUUAUAUUA